AUGGCCGACAUCGAGAAACCUGCCGCCGCUGAGGCUCCUGCGAAAACCACCACCUCGACUACCGAGGCCGACCUCACAAAAUACAAGACGGCAGCGGACAUCGUCCAUCAAGUCACCAAAAAACUUAUUGAGCUCUGCGUUGAGGGGGCCAAGGUCAUCGAUCUCUGUAUCGAGGGUGAUAGACUCAUUGAGGAAGGUACUGGAGCUGUCUACAACAAAUCCGUGAAGGGUGUUAAGGUGCCGAAGGGUGUCUCCUUCCCCACCAGCAUCUCAGUAAACAACACAGUCGCCCAUUUUUCACCUUUGGCGUCGGAUCCUCAGUCGUCGCAAGUCCUUGCCAAGGAUGACGUCGUAAAAAUCCAGCUCGGUGCCCACAUUGAUGGAUAUGCUGCAAUCAGUGGCGAAACGAUUGUUGUUGGUGCCAGUGCCGCCAACCCCGUUACUGGACGACGCGCCGAUGUUGUGAAAGCUGCUUGGACCGCCGCCGAGGCCGCCAUGCGAACUCUCAAAGUUGGCAACAAGAACUGGGCAGUCACCGAGAUUGUGGCGCGUACCGCUGCAGCAUGGGAUUGCAAACCUGUUGAAGGCAUGCUUUCCUGCCAACAAACGCAGAACGUUAUCGACGGAAAGAAGAGAAUUAUUCUUAAUCCAAGCGAAGGACAAAAGCGUGAUUUCGAAAGCGCAGUCUUCGCUGAGAACGAAGUUUAUGGAAUUGAUGUCCUUAUUUCAUCAGGGGAGGAUGGCAAGGCCCGUCUGGAAGAAUCCCGUACGACAAUUUUCCAGAGAGACCCUACUGUGACAUACCAGCUCAAGGCAAAGAAUUCACGCGCCGUGUUCUCGGAGGUCCAGAAAAAAGCUGGUUCCUUCCCCUUCAAUAUCCGUACUUUGGAUGACGAGAAACGUGCCCGAAUGGGACUUCAGGAGGCUGUUCAGCACAGUCUGGUCAAGCCAUACGAAGUGAUAUACACACCUGCCAACACUUUCGUUGCUGGUUUCCACUUCACCAUCGCCCUCCUCCCUGGAGGCCCAACACUUAUCACCCAUCCUCCAGUUUGGUACAAGUCUGAACUCGUGAAGACCGACAAGGAGCUCGAUGACGAGGAGUUGAAGUCGCUUCUGGCAAGAAAUUUGAGAGAAAACAAGAAGAAGGCUAAGAAGGCUAAGAAGGCUGAAGGUGCUGAGGAAGAGACGAAGGAAGAGUAA